CAGACAGUAGAAGGGUGAAGCGAUACACUCGAGCGCCAAAGAGCGUCCUACUGUCUCUGCUACAGCUCGCCUACACGGACGAUCAUCCAAAAAAACAGCGCCGAGGAGAUUUAGGUUGUGUGUUGGGUGAAUAAAUAUCGGAGCGCACACUGACGUCGGUUUCCAAAAAGCCUCACCGCGCAAGAACAAGAGGAUUGCCUUCUCCUCGGGACUGCGCUUUAUAUCGUUUCCAAGAGCUUGAUGGGACUAAAUAAACCUUUUAGAGAAGAACGUGAAAUGUGGUCAGUAUUAAAACGAUUUUGUCAAGAUUCAAGAGGCUGAAUUUAUCUUGAUUUUUUCCCCACAUUUUCAGUAUUGAACGUGUUGCAGACUGGAGCGACCUGCUUAGAGGCGAAAUAUAGUUGUCUGUUAGAUUCAGUGUCAUUUACCCUCUUCCAAUUUAUAGAGACAAGCAAAUAGUCAGAUCAGGGUUUAAUAUUCCAGUCUACACGCUGCCGAAUUGGACUGACUUUUCCAAGAGGUCUCACUCUGAAGAACAACGUGUUUAUGGAUUGCUGCGCAGCAAGGAGCACCGGGAGUUGUAGGCUACGCUCUUAUUCAUCGAUCAUGAUGAUUCCUCGCUGUUGCUGUAAACUUUGAUAGAUGUGUACAGCAAGAGCUCAGUAAUACAGAAACGCGGUUUAAAUAUAAGCUCAGAGAAGCUUUGAUUGAUCUCCUGGAGGAAGUGGGAAGCGCCUCUUCGUCCUCCCUCGUUUUUUCUCCCCAAGACGUCAGGACGGAUCCCUACCACUCUCUGACUCUUCUUCUGUGAUUUAAACAAAGAGCAAAGUGUUUGGGGAUAGCAUGGCAAUGGUAGUAAACCAGUGGUCAGAGAACAUUUCUGCAGAUCCGGGGUCCCAGCUCCAGAUUUGCGGCCAGGAGCCCGGCGGGGCACCGGGGACUCCCAAUGGUUCCACCCCGGGGAACGACGCACUUUCCGGGGACAAGAUCCCCAACGUGGACUGCAUGGUGUGCGGGGACAAGUCCAGUGGGAAGCAUUACGGUCAGUUCACCUGCGAGGGAUGCAAAAGCUUCUUUAAGCGCUCGGUGAGGCGGAACCUCACUUACACCUGCCGGGGGAACCGAGACUGUCCCAUCGACCAGCACCACCGGAACCAGUGUCAGUACUGCCGGCUGAAGAAGUGCCUCAAAGUCGGUAUGAGGAGAGAAGGAGCCCCCAGGCAGUGUCCGACCUUGCCUAAUGGGGAAGCCCGUCCCUUCAUGCAGGCUGCUGUACAAAGAGGACGUACAUCAAACUCCCAGACCAGCCCCGGACAGUACCUGACCAAUGGCACCGACCCGUACAACGGCCAGCCCUACCUAUCUGGCUUCAUCUCUCUGCUGCUGCGUGCAGAGCCUUACCCCACGUCUCGCUACGGGGCCCAGUGCAUGCAGGGAAACAACCUGAUGGGCAUCGAGAACAUCUGCGAACUGGCUGCCAGGCUUCUGUUUAGCGCUGUUGAGUGGGCAAAGAACAUCCCUUUCUUCCCUGAUCUGCAGCUCAUGGAUCAGGUGGCGCUGUUGCGCAUGUCAUGGAGCGAGCUCUUCGUCCUCAACGCUGCCCAGUGCUCCAUGCCUCUUCAUGUGGCCCCUCUGCUGGCAGCGGCCGGCCUGCACGCCUCGCCCAUGUCAGCCGAGCGCGUGGUGGCUUUCAUGGACCACAUCCGCGUCUUCCAGGAGCAGGUGGAGAAGCUGAAGGCCCUGCAGGUCGACACGGCUGAAUAUUCCUGCCUCAAGUCCAUUGUGCUCUUCACAUCUGAUGCGAUGGGAUUGUCAGACGUUGCCCACGUGGAGAGCAUCCAGGAGAAGUCCCAGUGCGCUCUGGAGGAGUACGUAAGGAACCAGUACCCCAGCCAGCCAAACCGUUUCGGACGCCUCCUCCUCCGCCUGCCCUCUCUGCGCAUCGUCUCCUCUCCGGUCAUCGAGCAGCUGUUUUUCGUGCGCCUGGUAGGCAAGACACCCAUCGAGACACUGCUUCGUGACAUGCUGCUCUCGGGCUCCAGCUACAAUUGGCCUUACAUGCCCACCGUGCAGCGUGACCGGCCCAUCUCCCUCCACUACAACGAGAACGGGCCCUGAGGUGGACAGACAAGACGAAGGAGAAGCUGCGGGAGCAAUUCAGGCCGAACAUCCAUCUGACUACUCAUCCAUUCAUCCAUCCUUCCCUUCACUCUCUGCAUUCAACUUCUCGACUUUCCCAGAGGAAGCAUUUCCCCGCACCAUUCCGCUCAAAAACCCAGUCUGAUGAUGUUAUACGUCAUCGUCCCGGUUACACAAGCCAGCCAAACAUUCACCGUGGCCGAUGCAGAGACUUGGUGGCCUGUUGCAGUCUACAUUUGAGAUGUGGCACGAGAUGGACAGGUUGGUAGAACGGGUUAUUGCGCAGUUCACCAGCAGGUCUGUUGGACUCACUUCAGAUGUCAGUCUCAAACCCCGUAUAGGGGCAGCUAAAGACAAAACACUCAUUCAUCUACUGUUGGUGCAGAGGCUGCGUACAAGCAUCCCAGUAUGGUGAAUACAGAGCAAGGGCUUUGCCAACAAGACUCUACAACCAAGAGCACAGGGCCCAUUGUAUAUUUACCAAUUUUUGAAAAGAAAACCAGAAGCCAUUAAAAAAGAAGACAAAUGCCAAAAUGUCUUGGACUUUUGCAGAGGACAUGUUUUAUUGUGUGUGUUUGUAUUAGCACUGUUUAUAUGGAGAAAAAACUCAUGAUUGUGUCCAUAUGUACAGCAUAUCAUUGAUUCAUAGGCAUCUAUAGCAUAUUAGGGUUGAAUGGGAAAAGCUCAGGUUCAAAGGGUGGGUAGACAGACGGACAGACAUGCCAAUAUCAAUACAAGAACAAAAAGACAAACCUAGUUAUAAUCACACUUAAUAGCAGAUUGUGCCAAAGCGGAAAAAAAGCAUAUUGUUUGGAAUAUUUUUGUGAUAGUGUUGGUGAUAAAAAAAAAAGAAGUUUGGUUUGUCUAUAAUUUGACUAUAUACUUGUUUUAGGUCUCAGGGGAAGAGAAGGAAUAAAAAAAUGACAGAUAAAAGCUUAGGCACUUGCAUCGUAAAGUAGUCAGAAACGACACUUAUUCACUCCUUACAAUCACAGCACUGGUUGAUUCUUGCUGUCCUUACGCCAUUCAAUCGAUCGACCUUUUUACUUAUUCAAAAGGGCCCAUCACAACUCUUUACAUAAUGUUAUCACAGGAGGUGACACAUUGCAUCCUUGUCAUUGUUUUUCAAUUGUUAUUGUCAAGAAUGGACCUUUUGGACUUUUGGGGGCGGGGGGGAGGGGAGCAUUUUACAAAACUAGCUGUACUUGCCUUAGAACAAAGAUUUUGUCACUGAGCAUUUAUCUUAUGACUGUGCCAUAAUCUCUUGUUACCUGUUAUAACAGGUAUUAUGUCCUGUCAGGAGAGGAAAUGAACUCACACAAUGUAAAAAUGAUUGAUGCGCACACACAAAGUCCUAGAAAUGUGAUGCAAAAUAUGGAGAUUUUUAACGCAUCAAUAGACAAUGUCAAGAAAAACAUCAGCACUUUCAUUUUUUGGACCUCGCGCGAGUUCUUUUCCACUUCCUGAUGAUAUUGUCAUGUAGGGAAAACCCCCUCGACUCAUGUCAUUUGAGCUUAUCGUACCGAUACCGUAGAGAAAUGUAUCACUAACCUCUGAAAACCUCAGUCUAUGUUACAAUAUUAUCCCAGUUGGACUUAUGACUGUGACUUAGCUUAGGACUGUUUUAAGUUGUUUCGUUAUUUUUCUUCCCCUUGGUGGAAGCAAGUUUGAUUUGACAACAUGUCUCACAUUUCCAACAUGGCACUGUGGCAUCAAAAUCAAGUAUUGGUAUUGGAAAAGCCAUCUGGGACCGUAGAGAGCUGUCUGUUGAUAAAUGAAUUCACAGAAAGUUUGAAUGAGUUUGUUUUUAUCCCCUCUACUUUUGUUUGGAAAUAUGGACUUAAUUGAAAUAAAAUUCUGUUGUUCACAGUGAGAUUGUUCACAGUGAGUUUUCUGUUGUCUUUAAGCACACUGAGUUUCCCCGGGCUAUGAUAUGUGCUAUAUAAAUAAAGCUGCCUUGCCUUGC